AUGUCGAGGGCUCAAGAUGGGAUUCUCAAGUAUAUGCUGAAGCUUAUGGAAGUCUGCAAAGCUCGUGGGUUUGUGUAUGGGAUCAUUCCUGAGAAGGGGAAGCCGCGAAGUAUGACCGCGGAGUGUCUUGCUAUGACUGAGGCUGAAAAUAACCGAAACGGGAAUUCUCAGAGCAUGCUCCAAGACCUGCAAGAUGCAACGCUUGGGUCACUCUUGUCUUCUUUGAUGCAACACUGUGAUCCUCCUCAGAGGAAAUUCCUCAUUGGAAAAGGGUGUUCCUCCGCCUUGGUGGCCGACUGGGAAUGA